AUGCAAGACCAAGACCUCACACUCCCCGCGUCGUUGGAAGCGGGCGGUUGGGAUCCGGGUCCGAACCGGAGAUCGCACCUGCAAAGAUGCGAGAACAAGUCGCGGAAAUCACUGGCAGCGAGCCCCAGUGACGCAGUGGCAGACGCCCACAAUCCCGAGUCUCGGUGCUUGGCACAUCGGCUACGGUCGAUCACAGCCAAUGGGAAGCCGGGUCGUCCUGCACACCAGCCAGCAAUUCCCUCUGUUCCAGAGCCCACAAGCCUGGGACCCCUCAAGGGUGGAGCACACACGCCCCCAACCGACCCAGCCCACACCAGCCCGGUGCCCAGAGCGGCGCACACACACGCUGGACUUCUGGAGGGCCGGGCCAGGGCCCCAGCAGCCCCCCCCCCCGGCGGUCAGCUGUGGUUGGCGGCGAGCGCUACAAGGGGACUCGAGGCCUUUGGCCGCAAAGUAACCUCCACGGCCAGCCAGCUGAUCUCUACUACCCGAGACCCGACCUCGAAUCGCCAGUAUAAGAGCGCCAUGAGUGAGGUCACCAAGCAUCUGCGCAAGCCUGAUGUGCAGCGCAGCAUAUUUGCCGCUGCCCGCACGACACCCACCGACCUUGUGCGCUCGCGGCUAUCGACGAAGGAGAUCCAGUCCCGUGCGCUGUCCUACCUUCCGGAUGAGCUGCUCAAGAACAUCCCUGAGAGCAACCAUCAGUACUCGUUGUUCCAGGGCUUCCAGGCCAGCUUUCCAGAGUUCACUGAGGAGGGCAAGAAACACAUGCGGCGAGUUUCCCGCGGGAGAAAGCUGCUUGAUGACGGGCCCUCCCCUCCUGAAGGCACCCCUGAGGCCCUCCAAAAGCUGCGGAAAGAUAAGGCGGCCCUGGCGCACCAGCUAGAGCUGCUUAGCAUCCGGAAGAACAUGGCAAGCUGCGAGAUCCGCGAGAUUGAUGCCAAGAUAGAGAAUCUGAAGGGCAUGCGUCAAAUUGUCCUUGACCGGCUCGCGAACUUGGAAAAGGACGAGGCAUUACUUGAGCAUGAGAUCGUUGAGCUCGAAAACAAGAUUGAGGAGGCGCAGGAGAUGGCAGCCGAGGCUGAGUCUGUUGCGAUGCGCACACCGACCAAGUCGGAUGAAGAUGGAUCAUCACAGACGGACUCUGCUCCUGGGUUUAUGUCGCAAUCCAUCUAUGAGAAGCUGCCGGCGGUUCAGAACAAGCGGAAGCCACGGAGUAUCCGCCGCAAGGCCACGGCAAUCCUCCACGAGCAUUUCAAGCCAGGAACCUCGAUUCGCACGAUGCGGGCACACCAUGACAUCAUCACGGCUCUUGACUUCGACGCGCCCUUUGGCUUGAUGGUUUCUGCGGCGAUGGACGAUUCGGUUCGUGUCUGGGAUUUGAACGCGGGCCGCUGUAUCGGCGUGCUGGAAGGCCACACUGCCUCGGUGCGGGCUCUGCAGGUCGAGGAUAACAUCCUUGCGACAGGUUCUAUGGAUGCCACAAUCCGGCUCUGGGACCUUAGCAAGGCACACUACGACCCGCAGGGCAGCGAGUUUGGCAAGGCCGAUGAGGAUGACGAUGAUGCGGCGAUCGCGUUCGAGAACCCGGAUGACCAGCCGGUCGAGCCGCCGCCGGGUAGCAUGGCUGACUGCCCGCUCUACACGCUGCAGGCGCACCUGGAUGAGAUCACGGCGCUGCACUUCCGUGGCGACGUGCUCGUUUCCGGAUCAGCCGAUAAGACGCUGCGCCAGUGGGAUCUGGAGCGGGGCCGGUGUGUGCAGACGCUGGACGUUAUGUGGGCCGCCGCCCAGGCGUCAGCGUUGUCGGCCACGGUCGACACGUGGCGGCACACAAGCCGCCCGCACGAUGCGUCGGCAGACUUUGUCGGCGCCCUUCAGGUGUUUGAAUCGGCGCUCGCGUGUGGUACUGCCGAUGGCAUGGUCCGGCUGUGGGAUCUUCGCAGUGGACAGGUGCAUCGCAGCCUGGUUGGGCACACUGGCCCAGUGACGUGUCUGCAGUUCGACGAUGUGCAUCUGGUGACGGGUAGCUUGGAUAGGAGCAUCCGGAUCUGGGAUCUCCGCACAGGGUCAAUUUUCGACGCUUAUGCGUACGACCAUCCCAUCACCAGCAUGAUGUUUGACGCCCGGCGCAUCGUCUGCGCCGCUGGCGAGGACGUGGUCAAGGUCUACGACAAGGUCGAAGGCCGUCACUGGGACUGCGGCGCGGGAGUCACCGACACGGAGGACGGUAGGACCCCGGCAAUCGUGGAGCGUGUGCGUAUCCGCGAUGGGUACAUGAUUGAAGGCAGACGGGACGGCAUGGUUGGCGUCUGGACUUGUUAA